AUGCGACGUGCUUAUCUUAGAGCUGGCCCAUGUCAACCUAUUCUUAAACCUACAGAAUACCCAGUUUCAGGACCGGAGAAUCAUCGUCGUCGAUUUCAAGCUUCUUGGUUUCAAACAUACUCAACUUGGUUGGAGUAUUCGGAAUCAAAGGAUGCUAUCUUUUGUCAUCCAUGUUACAUUUUUGCGAAGAAAUCAACAGGCUGUCCAGGAUCAGAUGCAUUUACAGUGAAAGGUUUUAAGAAUUGGAAAAAGGUGAACGAUGGAAUGAAUUGUCCUUUACUGGGGCAUGUGGGGACAGAUCCAAAUUCACCACAUAAAAUUGCUGUGAAAUGUUGUGAAGAUCUGAAGAAUUAUUCACGAGGUCAUGAUGAAAGCUCCGACUCAAAAAAUCAAGGUAACUUCAUUGAAUUGAUAAAGUUUGUAGCAACUUUUAAUGAUAAAGUUGAUAGAGUUGUGUUGACAAAUGCUCCACGGAAUGCCAAAUAUACAUCACCCCAAAUUCAAAAAGAAAUUUUGCAUAUCUUUGCAACUAAAGUACGAGAUGUGAUUCGCAAAGAAAUUGGGGAUGCUAAAUUUUGCAUUCUUGUUGAUGAAGCUCGGGAUGAGUCAAAAAGGGAACAAAUGGCAAUCAUUUUGAGAUUUGUUGAUAAAGAUGGUUUUAUUCGAGAGAGAUUCUUUCAUAUUGUCCAUGUCAAAGAUACUACUGCAUUAACUUUAAACAAGAAGAUAUGUGAUGUCCUUUCUUGUAACGACCUCAAGAUUCAGAAUAUUCGAGCGUCUAGAGAAGCAAAAUAUGUUCAUCAAUUCUUUGAGAAUUUGAAUUUUAUUAUCAACAUUGUUGUUAGUUCUUCAAAAUGCAAUGAUGAAUUGCAAUCUGCUCAAGUUGCUGAGAUUGAAAUUUUCGACACUAUCUCAAAGGAGGGAACCAACUAUUCUCAGCGCGGUGAUGCUGAAGCGGCUUAUAUGGUAUUAACAUCAUUUGAAUUUGUUUUGAUAUUGCAUUUGAUGAAAGAGAUUAUGGGAUUUACUCAUUGUCUUUGUCAAGCUUUGCAACAAAAUUCUCAAGACAUUUUAAAUGCCAUGAAAUUGGUUUCAACCACAAAAUCACUUCUUCAGAAUUUGAGAAAUGAAAAGUGGGAGCAUUUCCUUGAUACUGUUAAAUCAUUUUGUGAAAAAAAUGAAAUUGAUGUUCCUGAUAUGAAUGGUCGUUACACUGGAGCUCGAGGUAAAUCAUGUCGCCAAAAUGAAGAAUCUUUCAUGACAAUGGAGCAUCAUUUUAGAAUUGAUGUAUUUAUUGCUGCAAUAGACUUCCAAUUGCAAGAAUUGGAUAAUAGAUUUAGUGAGCAUGCAGUGGAACUUCUUCGUCUUAGUGCCCCUUUAAGCCCUCAAGAUGCAUACAAAUCAUUUAAGAUCGAUGAUAUAUGCAGCUUAGUUGAGAAGUUCUAUCCUCAAGAUUUUACCGAGCAAGAGAAAAUCAUUUUGAGAUUUCAAUUGGAUCAUUAUAAGCUUGAUGUGCCAAACUUUCAGAAUAUGUCCACUUUAUCUAAGUUGUGCAGAGGAUUAGCAAUUUCAGGAAAAUCAAAGAUUUAUAAUUUGAUUGACAGGUUGAUUCGUCUAGUGUUGACUCUCCCUGUUUCUACUGCUACUACUGAGCGAGCAUUUUCUGCCAUGAAACUAGUAAAAACUAGAUUACGUAGUAGAAUGGAAGAUGAGUUUCUAGCAAAUAAUUUGGUAGUUUAUAUCGAGAAAGAAAUUGCUAAGGAUUUCACUACAGAGAUGAUAAUGGAUGAGUUUUAUUCCAUGAAAGACCGCCGACGUUGA